UAUCAAAAUCCCUAAAAAUGAAAAUUCGAAAGCACGCUUCCCGAAUGUUUCCCGGACACAUUUCCCGGUUUCCCCCACUUAUAUAAAACCCGACCCUUAUUUUCCCUCUCCCAAAAUUCGCACCCGCCUUUUCAAAACGCUCCCCUCCAUAAACCCUAAAGCUAAGCCCGCGAAAAUUCUCUGUACCCUUUCUUCUUCAAGAUGUUGGAGCUAAGGUUGGUUCAGGGUAGCCUGUUGAAGAAGGUUCUGGAUGCGAUUAAGGAUUUGGUGAACGAUGCGAAUUUCGAUUGCUCCGCCAGUGGGUUCUCCUUGCAAGCCAUGGAUUCCAGCCACGUCGCCCUGGUGGCGCUGCUUCUCAGAUCUGAGGGUUUUGAGCACUACCGCUGUGACCGUAGCCUUUCCAUGGGGAUGAAUCUGAAUAAUAUGGCUAAGAUGUUGAAAUGUGCCGGAAAUGAUGACAUCAUCACUAUCAAGGGCGACGACGGCAGCGACACUGUCACCUUCAUGUUUGAAAGCCCUACCCAGGAUAAGAUUUCAGAUUUUGAGAUGAAGCUGAUGGACAUUGAUAGUGAGCAUCUUGGAAUUCCAGAGGCAGAAUAUCAUGCUAUUGUCAGGAUGCCUUCAGCUGAGUUUGCCAGAAUCUGUAAGGACCUUAGUAGCAUUGGGGACACAGUUGUGAUAUCUGUGACAAAGGAAGGUGUUAAAUUUUCUACAAGAGGUGACAUUGGUGCUGCCAAUAUUGUUUGCCGCCAGAAUACAACAGUAGAUAAGCCUGAGGAUGCAACUGUUAUUGAAAUGAACGAGCCUGUGUCUUUGACAUUUGCCCUGAGAUACCUGAACUCCUUUACCAAAGCUAGCCCACUGUCAAACUCAGUUACCAUCAGUCUUUCUUCAGAGCUUCCUGUUGUGGUGGAAUACAAGAUUGCAGAGAUGGGUUACAUAAGGUUCUAUUUGGCUCCGAAGAUUGAAGAAGAGGACGAAGAGGCCAAAUCUUGAUGUCUUAUUUGUGCUUGUUUACUCCUGCACUUUCAGAACUGGAACUAGAUAGUAGUACUUUCUUACUUAUCAUGUCAGCUAGUGGUUGUGAAAAAAUUUAGUCCAUAAUCUAGUCUUUAAUUCUGCAUCUAUUUUCAUUACUUCUAGAUGCGUUUGUUGCUAUUAAGAAUCCUUUCUAUGGCUAUGUCUUUGCCCCUGUUUUCAGCUAUAGAUGCUUGGUAGUUUACUUUGUAAUGAAGGAACCUAGAUAUCAGAUUGAUCUGAUUUAAGGUCGGUGGAGAUUGUAUCAAAUAUUCCCACCUUCAAACCGAGCAAAUCAACAAAAUCAGACUGAAAAUUAACAGAGUUUGAUUCAAUUGACAUAUGCGAAUUCUUGCCCUAAUAGCUUCGAAUAGUAUCCAAAAGAUACCUUAGCUCAUAAUAUGAACAAUAUAAAUCCACCAAGAGUUCGACCCAAAAAACAAACAGCUAAAGCCGGAGAUGAUUU